AUGGUCGGAGGUGGGAGAAAGAAGGAAGAUGUCUCAUCGGGAAUCAGCAACAACAACGUGUUUGCUGCCCUCGAGAGCCUCAGGAAGAAAAAAAAGUCUGACAGUUCGAAGAGCAAAGCUUCAGCUAAGGCGGAGAUCAAGGAGCCGCAACCCCAGGUUUUUUGGUCCCCAACACCGUUAAACGCAAAAUCGUGGGCUGAUGUCGAUGAUGACGACGACGACGACUACUUUGCAACCACUGCCCCGCCUCAGCCUGUCUGGGAGUCCUCAGAGCAGCAAGACAAGGAAAGCGCCGCUGCGAUUGAGGAGGUCUGACUAAUCUCUCCACUGUCGUAACCAUUUUCUCCAUCAUUGGAUAGCAAACAAUGAGGGUGCUGAUUGUUGAACGCUUCUUAGUUCCAUCAUUGUUUCGUCUUGUGGCAUUGCCUUGGCCUAUGUUAAAUUUCUUGCUGUCAGCGACAUAGUACUGUUUCUAAAUCGAACUGGGACACUUCUUUUGUUUUACCUUUUUUAAUCCCUCCUUUCAUCGCAAACUUCACUUUAUACUCUAAUUCUUUUCGAUAGCUGUUGUAUUACAUAAAUUUUAAUUACUGUACAUAUUCGCGAUAUUCUAUGUGCUUUAAAUAUAUGCUUGACACUAUUGUCACUGCUCUAGUUGUGACGUUUUAUGUUAUCUCAUUGUUGUAUUUUUCUUAUUAGCUCGUGGUAUUGUCUUGUAGUUAAUUGCUGAUGUUGGGAACGAUUGCAUAGUAUAUAUAUAUAUUUUUUUCUAGAGCGUUGGAUAGUAUCUUAUCAAGUACAUUUAAUUUACACUACUGAUAUUGCAAAAACUCGUGUUUUCAAACGUGGUGAUUUUCCAAUUGUAGUAUGCCCCUGAUGUUCGGGGCCUCCUUGAUUGCUGCUGUAUAUCGGCGGAGAACAUAGGUUGUUACAGUUGUCGGAUGAUGGAUGCUCGAUACUGUACUUGAAUUGUAUUGUCUGUCAUUCAUUCAUCCUUAAAAAUGAAAACUAAUUGCUAAACCAGGUAAAAUCCAGGUUAAGAGCUUAGUAUUUUUUCUUUGUUUCACGUUUAUUUUACGAUUUUUAAAUUCUUGCCCUCUAUCUUCACCUUUUUUAUGUCAAUUGCACAACUACACUGAUCCUUUUCACAACAGUUUGACUAUCUUAGUUGUGUUUCUUGUUCAUUUUAUAGCUGGGAGUAGUUGACCGUCAUCUCCACCAAGUCACUUUACCGAGGUUGAUUAUGUCACAACACUGACCAGUGUAAUUUUGUCUUUCAAGUAACUAAAUUUUGUCAAAGGAAUGAAAAUUGAGGACACCUUUUACCCAGUCCUGUCGGGCAAAAUCAAGGAUAUAAAUAAAAUUUGUUCUAGUUUUUGUCUCUUAGCUAUUAGACAUAUUUCCUAUUAGACAUAUUUUGAAUAAGUCGAAAAAGCUUUUUGCGUCCGUCAUUAUAGUCGGUUUCUUUUUCAGCUUAGUCUUAUACCCUAUACUUAUGUUAUUUGAUAGUCUAUAUUUUUCUUCCAGCCUUAGAAGCAAAUCCUCUCCAAAUUGUGAAACUCAACGUUUCUUUAAUUUGGGCUUUCUCAUUGUUCUUUUUUUAAUUUAAUAUAUUCAUUAGACAUCGGUAGGUGAUGCUUCAAAAUACUCUUUGUGCGUUAGAAAUCAUGAUUAUGUACAAUUGAUCUGAUAAUAAGGAGAUUCUAUUGUCUUAUCAUCCUUAAUGAUUAUUUUCAAAACAGUUGCUUUGAACCCUUGCGGUCUAUUAUAUUCAUUUUGAAAUGAUAUAUGCUCAGCUAUGUUUGGAAUGUUAUCUUAUUCUCACGCUGAAAAUAAAUCCGGCUGGCGUUGACAAUACAUACAGAGUGAUAAUUAGUCACUUAGUUGUCUCCAUCCCUACACUUGGGAGCAUUUUAUAUGAACUAUCCAGGACCAGUAAACAUGGGAGAUAUCUUUCGUGAUCGAUUCACCAAACAGCAUUGCAUUGAGCGCUGGCGCCGUUUCAAAAUACUAACUUUUUUCGUUUUUUAUUUCAAAGUAAUACUUUUUUUUUUUUCCUGGAGUUGAAGUUUCAUUGUCUCCCAUUGUCUCAAAACUUUUCCAUUUCCUUGGUUCCCUACUUUUAACCCUUUGAGAUCGGGUUGGGUCAUGUUCUUGGGAGUCUGUUUUUGCCCAAUAUUUUGUUUUGAUUUUGAGUGACUCCAUUGGUAAUUAUUCUCUUUAGGUUAAGGUUUUGAAUUCUUCUGAAACACAUUAAAUCAUUGUAAUCUCUGGAAGAACAAAGCAUGCCCCAAUAGGAAAACAUAAAUUACCUUGUUUCUCCCCCCACCCAAAAACAGUCCCGAGGAAGAGAGGGAUACGUGGGUGCGAGCGGGUAGAUUUUCUUUGAACCCAUCCUCAGACCAUAGUUUUCUCAAUGGAGAAGCGCGGAUUUUGAAGACUGGAUGUUAUCUUUGGGUAAAUGAGCAAGCCGCAUGUCACACUCCAAAUCCUCUGAUAAAUCUAGAUGGAGUGAAGCUUUUUAAUGGCGAUCGAUGAUGCUUGUGGCAGUGUUACUGUACGAUUAUCUUCCAUGAGUCAGAUCGGCUUGUUGUCUUUUCGCAGGAGACUGAGAGUGAAGAUGAUGGCCUUGAUGAUGGGGACGAUGACAUUGAAGAAGAACCCGACCAUGAGCCUACGGUCCAGCUCGAGCCCAUUGAACCGCUCAGAAGACCUCUGCCUUCCUCGGUUUCACGGGAUACCGAGAGGCAGCUGUCGAAGAAGGAGCUGAAGAAGAAGGAGCUCGCUGAACUGGAUGCCGUCUUGGCUGAGCUUGGGAUAUCCACCAAGGAGGACAACAACGUCCCCGGCCAAACCGAAACUCAAGGUACACUCUCUCAACCAACCUUGGGAUCCUUCUUCGGAGGACCCUCUGGUUCAGAUUCCUGAUGGUGGACGGGUACUCUGUUCUUGAUUGAUCCCGUAGCCGCCGUGGAGGAUAAGAAAUCAUCGGAGACGACCGGCGAGCCUGCUCCGUCGGAGAGCAAGGCCUCGAAGAAGAAGAAGAAGAAGGAGAAGCCCUCCAAGGAGGCGAGGGAGUCGCAGGAUGCUACCAACGGUGAGGCCGACGCUAAUGGCGCGGCGGAGGACGCGUCCCGAGUGGACGUGGAGAGGCUGAAGAAGCUGGCCUCCACGAAGAAGAAGAAGUCGAGCAAGGAGAUGGACGCCGCCGCGAAAGCGGCGGCGGUGGAGGCCGCCGCCAGGAGCGCUAGGCUCGCCGCCGCGAAGAAGAAGGAGAAGAACCACUACAACCAGCAGCCCGUGCGGUAA